UUAGAAGGCUUUGUUAGCAAUUUUUUAAAAUUAUUGUUUGCCUAGUGCUUUUCAUGCUCUUGAUACUAAUCCAUGGGUAAAAAGAUACGGUUACUAUCUUGACAAUCUUAGAAAAUUCUCUUUCUAAACUAGCUGGAGACUUUCCUAGUAUGGACACAAGUGAAAUGGGAGGGUGGAAGUGGAGGAAUGUGGGUUGAUAACCUAAUGCCUAAUUUUCAUAUCUUAGCAAGGUAAUUGCUUGAUAGAGACUGGAUGAUGUGAAUUCCUGCUUCAAAGGUAAUAACUAAAUAAAAAAAUCUCAGGUUGUUACUGGACAGCCAGUUUAAAAGAAAAAACAAAACAAAACCAAAUAAGUAGUGCUGUUGGGGAAAACAGAGAAUUGCUUAUUGCCAACCUGAUGCUUCUUGGUACCUGUCAAUCUAUAGUUGUAAGUGAUUCAUGUUUAACCACUCCUAUCUCUAUGGAAAGGAAAAAGCUGUGAAGCCAAACUUCUGUCAUUUCAGGUGUUAUACUAGUUAGCUAUUUUGUAGCAUUGCCUAAUGCUGACAGAUAGUCCUUAAAGCAGUUCAGGAAUAGCUGCACACUAGGAGCAUUGAUCUUUAUGUAUUUUUAUGGCAUUUUACGAUGAUCCAUAAACCAUUUACACAAAGCAGCGUACAUCAGGGCAUGGGAUCUUUAUUGCCUCUUCCCCUGUCCCUUGGCCAGCGGCAGUCGCUCUGAGGAGAAGCUUCUCUACCAUAUGUGACACCAUGCAUGAUGCAAGGGUACUCACAUGCACUCCGGCCACGCAAGCUUCCCUAAAUUCCCGCUAUUAUAUAGAGAAAUUGAUUUCUCUGAAUAACAAUCUGGUCUAGAGUUCAGAUAUUUUACAUUUCUAGGAAGAGAUAAUAGGAACACACCCUUCAUGAGAGGUACUGGUAUGAAGAACAGAGGGUAUGUAAUCACAAACUGACUAUGACUGUGUCCCUGAGCUCUGCCUUAAGUAGCUUCUCUUAAAGCUCAGGUUACUGUAUAACCACCUGGAGCUGGUAGCAGCUCCUGUAUACACCAGCUGACAAGGAACUGGCCUGCAGCCAUCGCGUUCAUCUCGCGUAGGUCACUAAAUGGCAGUGGAAAGUAACAGCCUUCAGUAGCACCUCAAACAGCGUACUUGCAGCCAUGACAGAGCCUCUCCGCGGGGGUUUCUCCUGAGCCGUGCGAGGCAGUUUUAAGAUUGUGCGUGUGUUAGCUGAUUGUUCAGGAGUCACAAUACUUGGGUACAGUUUGGCAGGGGAAAGCAGCAAGAUAGAGCUAUUGCUUAUGAAGCGGCAUUGACGCAUUCUGGACAGUACAGAUUCAGUAGAAAAUGCAGUCCCUAUUUCAAGUUGCUUUUUAAAGUAACUCUGGUUCAGAUGAAAUAGUUCCGAUAUGUGACAAACUGGGCAGAAAGUGAUGGCAGUGAAUAUACGGUUAAAGAAACCCAUUUCCAUGAAUACUCAAUGUUGCCCACAUGGCCCCACCGAUACUACAAUCUAGAGCUCAGAAAGCAGUAAUCUGGAAAGUCUGAUGUUACUGCGUUGGCCAACCAGGAAAUAUUAACCUGGUGCUUUGGUAUCAUUGCAGAGACUUACCCAGCUCCUGUGAGUGUGCCAUACUGAAAUGAAUGUCUGGGUUAGGCCCACCUCCCACUGCCCCCAAAUUGGGCUUAUUAAACUAGAGCACAGCAGAUUACGCAGUUUCUGUAGGUAACAUCAAAAGUUACCUACAUUUGACUUUCCUCAUUUCACAACCCACACUCCUACCCCUAAAAAUACACAUGCUUCACCCACAGAACCAUUACCUCACAGGUUUUUAUUUCCUUUUCUUUUUUGGCUGAAUCUUCUAGCCUACUUUAAAAAAAAAAAAAAAAAAAAUUUCCCAGCACGCUGUUAUCUCCGGUUAUAGCACCAGGAAGGUGUGCUGGGGCUGCAUCGGGCACGAUGGAAUUUGCCGUGGGGAAACCCGCUGAUGACGGUGGAAUCCGCCCGCGUGUGAAUUCCCAUGGCUCCCACCACCCCUUUAUAAGCAGGUGGAGGUGCGGCAAGGCUGGCAGGACAAGCAGGCAGCAGCCGAGCCCUCACUGGAGCACAGCUGUUGCGUGGAGUAGAAAUGCCUGGCUUUAGCAGCAAGAGCUUGGUCCUGGUUUCCCUGUUGGGGCUCCUGGCGCUGCUCCUGUGCGGCACCUCCGAAGCACAAAGCAACCAGGAUUGCUGCCUGUCCUACACCAAAGUGCGUCUGCCUCGGUGGGCCCUAAAGGGUUACACUGAACAGCUCUCCAGUGAAGUCUGCGAUAUCCAUGCGAUCAUUUUCCACACCUACAGUGGACUGAACGCUUGUGUAAAUCCUAAGGAAGGCUGGGUGAAGAAGCAUCUUCUUUUCCUGAGCCAUAAGCUCAAGAAGAUGUCAAUGUGAUAUGGUUUCCAGCAGGGAACUACACACAGACGCGGCUGAAGAACCAUUAGGUUCAACCUCUCGGUUGAGAUCGUCGUCUUGUACACUGUUGUGUGCUUACUCACCACUAUCUCUGGCUUCUUUGGAACCGUUGAACUUCUUGAGUUGAUUCAUAUUGCAUCGCUGUUUUGCUUGAAUUAAGCAUUUUGUUAAAGUUUCAAUUUUUACUAAUAUGUGUAUGUUACUAAUAUAAUAUGAGUACUGUUUAGUGAGGUCUACCUUAAGCUGUUGUACAGAGUAUGAAUUUUAUUAGUUUAUUGCAUGUUAUUUUUGUUUUGUUCGGCAUGUGUAAAGUGGGUUAUUUAUUCUGUUUGUUUUGUUACUACUUUGGCACUGUCUUGUGCCAAAAUGUUUCCUUUUAACUGUACUUAGCAUUACAAUGCUUCUUGAACAAAGUCUGCUUGUGGAAAAAAUGGAAACGAGUUUAAAAAAAAUAAAUGUUAAAAUCUGCA